AUUAUUCUAUCCAAUUUCAGGUCCAGGCUCCUUAAAACCAGCUGUUUUCAAGCCUAAAACUCUAGAGAAACUGUCCCUUUCCGUCCUGGGUCCCGGCAAUAUGCUCAUGGUAAAUUGGACCAAGUAUAGCUACUCACACGUUUCCAAAUUAGCCACACAUCAUGAAGUCGAUUUCGACAAGAAGACGGUUGUUCUACUACCCGGAUAUUUGGACUCGAUUAAUUACCCUACGAUGAGAACUAUGGGAACCAUUUAUAAAGAGUUGGGGUAUAAUGUUCUGUUGGUGGACUACUUCGAGCUUACGGCACAACAUUUUCCUAUUGCGGCGCGCCUUAUCAGACCCGUCGGCAGACACGUAGCCGAAAUGCUGGUAACUUUGAAAAACCACGGCUUAGACCCAAAAAAAUUGGAAAUAACUGGAGUCAGCCUCGGCGGAGCGGCCACAGGCUUCGUAGCCAAGCAUUACCAACAAUUAACCGGCCAAAACAUCUCCUCAAUCACCGCAAUGGACCCUUCUGGCCCUUGCUUCAGGCAUCUAGGACCUAAAGACAGACUAGACGCCUCUGAUGCAGAUUUCGUCCUUCAAAUCGCAACGAAUAUGGACGGUUUUGGCAUAGCAUCACCUGCUGGACACGUGACUGUCUUUGUCAACGGAGGGGAGUACCAACCUGGAGACAUUUGGUCAUUGCCAUGCCUUGUCAUUUGCAGUCAUCUGAGGUCAUAUUUCAUUUGGCUCUCAGCUUUGAUGAACCCAGGAAUAUUUAUAGCUAUACAGUGUGAUUCUGUGCAGCAAGCUAGAGAUGGAGACUGCUAUGAACGGCAUCCAAGAGUCACGAACACCGUGGACUUAUUUACAGAUAGAAGUAAACCGGGCAUAUACUAUUUGCAUACAUAUAACAGGUACCCGUACGGUUUGGGGAAAAGAGGGUUGAAGAGGAAAUAUAAUGAAAUCACCAAGCACCUAAACUGGCUUAACCGUGAUGAUGUGUUGAAGGUUUAAUAAGUUUAUUGGGAUUAAGUAA